AUGUCUUCUGAAAACAAACAAACCGAAUCCAAACCAAAACCAUGUUGUGUUUGUAUUGAAGAAAGAAAAAAAAGAGAUGAAUGUACUUUAUUUAAAGGUAUAGAAAGUGAAGAAUGUAAACUGAUUAUUAAUCAAUAUACUUCAUGUAUGAAAAGUUACGGAUUCACUCCAAAUCCCAUUAAUUAA